UGCCUAUAUUUUAUACAUCUUCUAUAAAAAUAUAUAAUAUCACUAUGUUUUGUAUUUUUUUUAAAAUAACACUAUAAAAAGUAGAGUGAUAAGGGAGCCCAAACCAUUGCAUGCAUCACAUAUUUUCUCUGAUAUUUUUCAAUAUUACAAUUCAUUUUAUAAAUAAUUUGAGAAGCGAGUAAAAUUUUGGCACAUAAAAAGGGUGAAAAUAGAAGUUACUAAUACUAUUAAAAUACUCCUCCUUGUUUAGUAAUUGGUCUGUAUUCCUUUCCUAUUGUCACGUGCAACAAUACCUAUAUAGAGCUAAGUCCAUUAUUUAUAUUAUUUAUAUAAUAGAGGACAUCAGUUGAAGGAUUUAGUAGCUCCAUCAAUUUGUUUUAAUUUAUCCAAAUAUUUGUGCAAGAAAUUUAAAUAUGGGAGAAGAGAAGGAGGUGAUGUCUCAUGUUAUUUCCAAUCCCUCUUUUGAAGUUGAAACUCUUCAUCAGAUUGGCCAAGAUUCAUGGUUUCAGGUGGGACUUGUUCUCACGACUACUGUCAAUUGUGCUUAUGCACUAGGAUAUGCUGGCACAAUCAUGGUUCCUCUGGGUUGGAUUGGUGGUGUUACUGGUAUGGUUUUAUCUACAAUCAUAUCAUUAUAUGCCAGUACUCUUAUGGCCAAGAUCCAUCAAUAUGGAGAAAAAAGGCAUAUCAGAUAUAGAGAUCUUGCAGGAUUUAUGUAUGGAUACAGAGCUUAUGCCAUUGUUUGGGGAUUACAGUAUGCAAAUCUUUUCUUGAUAAAUAUUGGAUUCAUCAUUUUGGGUGGACAAGCCUUAAAGGCUUUCUAUCUUCUCUUUAGGGAGGAUCAUGAGAUGAAGCUUCCAUACUUCAUCAUAAUCGCUGGAUUAGCGUGCGUGUUUUUCGCUGUUUCUGUGCCCCAUUUGUCAGCUCUAGGUGUUUGGAUGGCAGUUUCCACAUUCCUCAGUAUAGUGUAUUUCUCAAUAGCCUUUGCUUUGUGUCUUAAAGAUGGUAUUAAUGCUCCUCCUAGGGACUAUAGCAUUCCAGGAUCCUCCUCUAGUAUAACUUUUACAACUAUUGGUGCAGCUGCAAGUCUUGUUUUUGUAUACAACACAGGAAUGAUCCCAGAGAUCCAGGCUACUGUUAGAGCACCGGUUGUUGACAACAUGUUGAAAGCCCUAUAUUUUCAGUUUACUAUAGGAGUUGUGCCAGUGCAUGCUGUUACUUACAUGGGGUAUUGGGCGUAUGGAUCUAAAUCAUCGUCUUAUUUGCUCUACAAUGUCAGCGGCCCUGUUUGGCUGAGGGGAUUAGCCAACAUUGCUGCUUUCAUCCAAUCCAUCAUUACGUUGCACAUAUUUGCAAGUCCAACAUACGAGUAUUUGGAUACUAAAUAUAGAAUAAGUGGAAGUGUACUGGCUUUUCGCAACCUGUCAUUCAGAACAGUAGUUAGAGGUGGUUAUCUAGCGAUCACCAUUUUUCUAUCUGCUCUGUUACCUUUUCUUGGAGAUUUCAUGAGCUUCACCGGCGCUAUCAGUACAAUUCCACUCACAUUUAUUCUUCCAAAUCACAUGUACAUGAGGAAGCAAAUUUCGUCUUUACAAAAAAGCUGGCACUGGUUCAACAUUGUCUUUUUUAGUUGCCUAGCUGUUGCUGCAUUAGUUGCUGCUGUAAGACUUAUUGCCAUGGACUCGAAAACUUACCAUGCGUUCGCAGAUUUAUAACUCAUUUGAUGUUUACCUGGAUGAGAAUGUGUAUCAUGUUACGUUGUUAGUUGUAUUCAAACAUUGUAGCUUCUCUGUUAGAAUAAGAUAUUUAUGACUUUCCCCUCUUUAAA